UAACAAAUAAUUUGAGGUAUGGUAUCAAUAAUCGAAGAGCAGGCUGCGACCGAAACCACUUCUGUAGACAAGAUGGAAAUAAGUUAUGAAGCAAAAUGUGCUUUAACCAUCCCCAUUGCGAAGCCGCUUGCCACUAGAAAGCUCAGCAAGAAGUUGUACAAAUGCUGUAAAAUCGCUAGCAAGGCAAAGUCAAUAAGGAGGGGGACCAAGGAAGUUGGAAAGUCGCUGAGGAAGGGAGAAAAAGGGUUCGUUAUCAUCGCUGGAGACAUCUCACCCAUAGAUGUGAUAUCCCAUUUCCCAGUGCUGUGUGAGGAAAGUAAAGUGCCCUAUGUUUAUGUUCCCGCCAGAGCUGAUCUCGGUGCUGCUAUUGGCUCAAACACACCAUGUUCGGUGUUACUCAUACAGAAAGGCGAAGAAUACAAAGACAAAUAUAAAGAAUGCGUGAAAGGGAUCAAAGAAUUGCCAAAUAUUUACUGUUGAAACUUUAAAUUGUAUGAGGUCAGAACAUUUUAACAAAUCGGAACAUUUAACUUCUGGGAGGUCUGCGCAAUUCCUCUGCCGGGUUUGAUACCCAUUUUUUAAAAGCUUUUUUACCCACGGGCCACUGUGGGCACGUUUAGUGAGGUUAAUGUCUGCAAACCAUCGGCUGGGAUUGUCUAGAGUUUAAAUGCCACUAAAGAGUUUAAAUGCCACUAAACGGAUUGCUCUGUAGUCUGUAAGCAGUAAGCACUAAACAUAUAGCCCUUUCAGGCGUCUGGUUAUGAUGAAUUCAACCUUCUGAAAUAUUCUGACGCUCAAUUCGAGUAUAUACAUCAUGAAUAAUACUUCUACACGGUUUUUUACUUUAAUUAAGCUAUAUUUUAUCGUAAUUUAUUAAUUUUAACAUUCAUUAACUCUAA